GUGAGGUGACGCUUCCAGGGUUCCAGGUGGUUCUUGUGUACCCUCACCUGGGGAGUCUUGUUAACAGGUUGAUUGGGAGUCAGUGGGAUGGAAAGGCACAUUCUGGGAAUGGAACGGUUCACAGCUGGGAGACUGGCUGUGGGAAGGGGGAGGUGAGGGGCCUUUGCUUUGGAUUCUGGAAGCAGCGAAGUGAGCUCAGGUCUGACUCCCUUGGCAGCUUAGGGUCCCCGCUGAGCUUGGCAAAUGGGGCUCUGAGCCCUGGCCAGCAUGGAGUCCCUCCUGUUCUGCCCCUCUCUUUUUCAGGUGACAGUGGCAUGGCUCUGCCCAAGCCUUUCCCCCUGGAGCCCCUCAAAGAGCCUGCUGGAGCCCAGCUGGAGCUGCAGCCCUGCCCACAAAGCCUGGCAGAGGGCUUUCUGGAGGAGGAGCGUCGACUUAAUGAGGAGCUAAGCCAGCUGCAGUUCCCCGAGCCUGUGGGCAUCAUCUACAACCCCGUGGAGUAUGCCUGGGAGCCACAUCGCAGCUACGUGACCCGCUACUGCCAGGGCCCAAAGGAAGUGCUCUUCCUGGGCAUGAACCCGGGACCCUUUGGCAUGGCCCAGACUGGGGUGCCUUUUGGGGAGGUGAAUGUGGUCCGGGACUGGUUGGGCAUUGGGGGCCCGGUCCUGCCCCCUCCCCAGGAGCACCCCAAGCGCCCCGUGCUGGGACUGGAGUGCCCACAUUCCGAGGUGAGCGGUGCCCGAUUCUGGGGCUUUUUCCGGAACCUCUGUGGACAGCCCGAGGCCUUCUUCCGCCACUGUUUUGUCCACAACCUGUGCCCUCUGCUCUUCCUGGCUCCCAGUGGGCGCAACCUCACCCCAGCCGAACUGCCCGCCAAGCAGCGCCACCAGCUGCUUGGGCUCUGCGACUUGGCCCUCGGCCGGCAGGUGCGGCUCCUCGGGGUGCGGCUGGUGGUUGGUGUGGGGCGGCUGGCUGAGCAGCGGGCCCGGCGGGCUCUGGCAGACCUGAUGCCAGAGGUCCAGGUGGAGGGGCUCCUGCAUCCUUCACCCCGAAGCCCCCAGGCCAACAGGGGCUGGGAGGCAGUGGCCAAGGAGAGGCUGAGUGAGCUAGGGCUGCUGCCGCUGCUGGUGAAAGAAGUGCCCUGAGACCUGAGCCAAGGACACGUCCAGGACCCCGAGGUCCCUCUCAGCAAGCAGAGCACCGCAGCCCAUCUGCCUGGAGCAGUGAGGCCUUCUUCAGCCCCCUGGCUGCUGGGAGACGCCUGGGGGAUCUAUUGAACUGUCUUCUGACCUCCCUCCGUGGUGGACGUGACUCCUGUUCCCCAUCCUGGUUCUCACUCUCCUCACUUCCCUUCGUCUCGUUCUCUUGUCUCAUAAGACCGAGUCCACGAGACCCCGCCGGAGGUGGGCUCUGCGGCCCCAACCACCGUGGGAGCUUCUGGUCAGCUGUGUGGGAUGCCAGCGGUCACAUUCAGAGGAAAGCGCUUCCCAGGGUCCUCACUCAUUCUCACAAAACAGUCGACCGCUUUCCUUACGGGGGCCAGGCCAAAACUUAGGGCACGCAUGUCCAGAGUGAAUUUCUUGCAGGCGACUGCGGCUGGGUCAGAGGGAUAAGUCCUCGGGGCCCAGUAGGAAAGGCACUGGACUUAGAAGGGCUGAAUUUUCUUUUCUUUUUAAUUUUUACUGGCAUAAAGUGUACACAUCAUACAAUUUUGUAGUUCAGUCAUAUCAA